AUGCAUGAACCACGAAGUCUGGAUAUGCCCCAACACGCGGCGACCCAGCAGGCUUUACCGCUCCACGGCGAGGUCACCGCCGGCGCGGCUACAGGAGCUUACAGCCUUGCAAGUUCUAUCAGGCGGGCCUACAAUACGCGGCCGACGCUGUCCCCUGGUGAAUUGCGCACACCUGAGGCGCACACAUACCCCGCGCUUAAAGCGGCGCUAGAUCCCAUCUACAAUCGCCCGCUAUCUCAAGUCAAAGACGUUUGGGUUCAGGAGCCUCAAAUACAUGGGUCCUCAGGAUCAUUAAACUUUUCGGAUGUUAGGGAAUACGGAUAUUUGAUCGCGACACUCGCACUCGUCGGCUAUUUCCUCUUCGCGAUGCAGGUCACCAGACGAAUUGUGCUGGAGAAGGAGCUAAAACUGCUCGAGAUGAUGACCAUCAUGGGGCUGUCCGAAGGGGUACGGUACAUCUCCUGGAUCGCUGUCUACGCCGUCAAGAGCGGUGUUUUAUCGCUGAUUAUCGCAGUGGUUCUCAAGUGUGCGUUCCUGCCCACGCUUAACUUUUUCCUUAUUUUCGCACUUUUCUUCCUAUUCACUAUGGCAUUGACUACGUGCUUCGGAUUCGUUGCCGCGUUCUUCGAUAGUGCGCGCCCCGCAUCGGUGGUGUCGUUUUUGAUGUACUUAGUUGUCACGCCGUUGCUGUAUUUAUUCAGGUCACGGGUGUGGGUGGUGUUGUCACCGAUAGCCCUCGCGGAAGAAGGUAUUGUUAUGCUCUUAGAACACCAGGCAACGUCAAAAUAUCACGAUAUCUCAUCCAGCGAUGCCUCCUACCCAUCUAUGUGGUGGUUACUCCUUCAAUUUUUUGUCUACGCAUUGCUGAUGCUGUACUUUGAUGCUGUUCUCCCAAAGAGGUGGGGUGUGAGAAAGAAUCCAUUAUUCUUUCUAAUAGAUCCGAUCCGCGCUUGCUGCUGUAGCGGAAGACAGACGGGGCUGAACGACAACCCGGAAGAUGGCCGCUACCCGAAUGGGGUGUUUGAGGCCAUGCGGGAUGUGAGCUCCUAUUCGAUUCGCAUUGUUGGGUUGACUAAAGUGUUUAGAUGGGGCGGAAAAAAACUGCUUGCUGUAAACAACCUGCAUUGGGCAUUGCAUGAGGGGGAGGUUUCUGUGCUUUUGGGGCCCAACGGUGCUGGCAAGACCACGCUGAUGAACAUGUUGACGGGUAUGUCAGAAAUAAGUGCUGGCGACUGCCGCGUUUAUGGUCACAGUGUACGCGAUCAGCUGUCGCGCGUGCGCCAGGGUCUGGGGUACUGCCCCCAGCAGAACAUCCUGUGGCCGAAUCUGACGUGCCGGGAGCACUUAAGAUUCUAUGCCUCGAUAAGGGGCCUGAGUGGGGCUGAGCGCGAGACGACCAUUGAGCACAUGCUUGCGAGUAUCGAGAUGACGGACAAGCAAGGCUGUCUGGCAGAGCACCUUUCUGGUGGGCAGAAGCGGAAGCUGUCCGUGUUAAUUGCUCUUGUGGCCGGUACCCGGUUUGUCCUUCUGGAUGAGCCAACCGCCGGUGUGGAUGCCCUUGCGCGGCGGCAGAUCUGGGACCUCGCACGAUCCGCGUCAUCGCAGCGCACUAUCCUCCUAUCAACGCAUUUCAUGGACGAGGCGGACAUCCUUGGUGAUUCCAUUGCGAUCAUAAAGGAAGGUCGGCUCCGUUGCUCGGGCAGCAACGUGUUCCUCAAAUCGCGUCUGGGCGUGGGUUACGUGCUGACGGUGCCCGUGUCCCAGGGAGCUGACUGUCAGUCAAUCGCCGAUUUGGUCGAUUCGUAUGAGCCGAAGGCCAAGCUCUGCGAGAGUGUUGCCGGGGAGUUGGCCUUUGAACUGCCGAUGUCAGCCAGGAGGGUGUUCCCCCGGUUGUUGGCUGACAUCGAGGACCACGGGGCGAUGCUCGGCGUGGCUGCAGGCUAUACCGUGGCUGCCACAACGCUGGAGGAAAUUUUUGUGCGUAUUUCACAGGAGGAGGUCCACCCCGAUACCGUAGCGGAGCAGGAGGAGGAGAGGGCGCAGGUGGCGCCACGCGUGGUCCGGGAGGAGGACAUCGCGGAGGCCUCGUCUAGUGUGUGGGGUGUGAAACUAUUACAUUCCGAACUCUCCAUCGCGCUGAGUCAACUCAAGGUAAUGCUCAAAAAGCGCCUUUUGUGUACCCUGCGGUAUUGGCGCAUAUACGUUAUUCAGACCAUCAUCCCUAUCGCCCUUAUGUUGAUUUUGGUGUUAAUGGGCUUAGCAUUUGAGGCGAGCGGUCCCAAUAGGAAGUGUGCAGGCAAUGGUUUCUUGUACGAUUUUUUUUUCCUUUUUGUCAUUCUUUUAAUACCGUCAACCUUUGCACCCACGAUUGUGAGGGAGCGGUCGUGUAAAGCUCGGCACAUGCAGAAAGUGUCCGGGCUGUACUUCUCCGUCUACUGGCUCUCAAACUUCAUCUUUGACAUGCUAUCCUACCUCCUCACCACCGUCUCGAUAGUGGUGAUGUUUGAGCUCUUCUCCCUCACUGAUUGCGUGCGCCCUGUUGACGGCACCUUUAUGGUAUUGCUUUUUCUUUACGGUACGUCGAGCGUGGCCAUGGUUUACGUCUUCAGCUUCCUUUUCAAGGACCAUUCCACCGCACAGAAUAUGAUGCUGGUGCUGUUUCUGGUCUCAGGAACCAUCCUUGGGGUGCUUGUACAGUUCUUAGUAUUCCAAUUCGGUUCUAGCUUCGUUGUGAAAAUGGUGAACUGGGUCUUCCGAAUCUUUCCUGCGCACUGCAUAUAUGAGAGCUUCAUUCAAUUGAGAAUCUUUGAUAGUGAUCAAUUACUUGUAAAGAGUAGUACAGAGUUAAAACUGGGUGUUGGCUUUUUCAUGGCCUCUGAGACGGUGGUGCUUUUCCUAAUCGUGUUCGUUCUAGAUAAUCCAAAUCUGUUACGCCGGUUUUCCCGCAGACCCCGUGCGGAGCCAGAUGCUCUUGAGGAAGUGAACAUGGAAUCCGAUGUGCUAAAGGAGCAAAAUGAGGUUCUGGGCUCCGCAGACCGCACUGACGACCCGGUGAGGGUGAAGCAUCUGCGCAAAGUAUUUGGCGAUGGGAAGGUGGCGGUCCAUGACUUGACCUUUGGUGUAAAGCGCGAGGAGGUGUUCGCUCUUUUGGGCGCGAACGGCGCCGGUAAAACCACCACCAUCUCGAUGCUCUGCCAGGAACUUUACCCAACAAAGGGGGAGGUCGAGAUCUGCGGGCACGACACCGUGAUCGAAAGUCUGGAAGCCCUCCGAUGCAUAGGCUACUGCCCACAAUUUGACCCCAUGUUCGACCUGCUGACGGCGGAAGAGCACCUGUGGCUAUACGCUGGUGUGCGUGGCAUCGAUUACGCGAUGCGACGCAAGGCGGUAAAGGACCUGCUUGUCCUCUGCCAGCUCACAGAGUACAGGAAUGUCAGGGCAGAGAAAUUGUCGGGUGGCAACCGGCGGAAGCUGUCCGUGGCGCUCUCGCUUAUCGGCGGCCCGCGCGUUGUACUUCUCGACGAGCCGUCGGCGGGGAUGGACCCCAUCGCGAGGCAUGGACUUUGGCUGGCGGUGAGAGCGGCGGCGAGCAACUCCGCCGUGCUGCUGACGACGCAUCACAUGGAAGAGGUGGAGGCGCUGGCGCACCGCGUGGCGAUCAUGGCAGGGGGCGCCCUGCACUGCAUCGGCACCAAGACCUACCUCAAGAACAAGUACGGCUCCGGGUUCCAGGUGAAGUUGCGGGUCGAAAAGAACAGCGAUGACUUGCGGAUGGCCAUACUUGAAUUCUUCGAUAAAAUGUUUCCUGAGUGCAAUCUAAGCGAGACGCACGAAAACUACUACACGUAUGAUCUGCCCGCCCACACAAAGUUGUCCUUGGUCUUCAGGCAUCUGGAGGAGCAUACGGCUCGGCUAAACAUCACGGACUACACCGUAUCGCCCAAAACUAUUGAGCAGGUAUUCAUGCAUGUAAGCGAGAGCGCGAAACUUUUGGAAGGGAAUUAA